GGAGGACAGACAGACGGCAUGACCGAGGAGAAAUGUCCCCAGCUGGUGGACUACUUUGUAGUGGCAGGACUCGACCCUGCGGGGGCCUGGAAGCCACUAGACGAGGAUGGCAAAACCUGCAACUCGUCCUCGUCCCCGUCCUCCUCCUCCUCCUCCUCUUCCUCGGCGUUGUCGGGUCGAGCGGUGGAGUCGGUGACGGACCUGGCGGUGAUCGCCCGGGGGCUCGGGGAGGAGGUGCCCGAGGGCUUCACCUGCAUCGAGAAGACGCUGGGGGGACACUCGGCCGAGCUGAGCACCGGCCUCAUCAACAACCCUCACCUGUACCUGUGCUACCGCCGGGGGCGGGACAAGCCCCCUAUACUGGACCUGGGGGUCCUGUAUGAGGGGAAGGAGCAGCUGAAGCAGGGCUGGUUCGUCAUCGAGACCACGCCCUACAGCCGCUCGGCCAACCUGAACUCCGGCGGCGCCCCCACGGCCCACCGGGUCUUCCUGACGUACCGCCGGGCCCUGGACUCGCAGGGUCUCCACACGCUGGGGGUCACCGACAUCGCCCUGCUGCUGCCCAGCAAGUCAGAGGUCGCCCCCCACACCUUCUGCCGCGUGGACAAGAACCUCAACACCGGCAUGUGGGGUCCUGCUCUGUAUGUGUGCUAUAAGAGAGCGGUGGCCAAAGCCAACGCCCUGGUCUACAAAGCCAGUCUGAUCAGCCGGUACCCGGAGGAGGACCUGGAGGCGUUUCCUCUUCCGGAGUCGGUGCCGGUCUUCUGUCUGCCGAUGGGCGUCACCGUGGAGAGCUGGCCUCUCAACACCAAGUACCAGCUGCCCGUCUUCUCCACCUUCGUCCUCACCUCCGCCUCCGGGGACAAGGUGUACGGAGCAGCCAUCCAGUUCUACGAGUCCUUCUCCCGGGACCUGCUGUCGGAGCGGCAGAGCGUGCGGCUUGGGCUGCUCAGCGUGGUGGACCGGCGGCCCAUCACCAACCGCAGCCUGCAGGUGAAGAAGAGCAUCUGUGUCCUCUCCCACUGGCCCUUCUUCACCGUCUUCCAGAAGUUCCUCACCUUCGUGUACCGAUACUCCAUCUCCGGACCCCACGUCCUGCCGCUCGAGAAACACAUCUCCAGCUUCAUGCACAACGUCCCGUUUCCUUCCCCCCAGCGGCCUCGCAUCCUUGUUCAGGUACACGCCCCAGACUCAAACCGUCACCAUGUAGUCCACAUGUGUGUACUCCAUCAGGUCGACGCAGACCACGUCGGUGGGGGGGUCGUACAGGUCGAAGUAGCUGGAGUGGACGCCCACGAUGAAGGGCAUGGGCGCCAGCAGCACGUCGGCCAUCUGCAGAGGACACAGAGGGAUCUCUUCUCGUGUCUCAGGUCUGACGACAAGAAGCCGUUGUCAUGGCGAUCGUUACCCAGGAAGCCCGGCAAGACGCUGUUCACCACCCUCACCAACCUCCACCGGACGCUGGAGAAGAUUUGCACCCCCGGCCAGGAGGAGGCGACGCUGGAGUUCCUGCUGACAGACUACGACCAGAUCUACCGGAGCCAGAAGCAGCUGGAGCUGGAGAUCCAGGAGGCCUUCCUCCGCUUCAUGAGCUGCCUGCUGCGCGGCUACCGCACCUUCCUGCUACCCAUCACCCAGGCGCCGUCGGACACCACCACCGACUGCAGCUCCCUCUUCAACCUGCAGGGGUUCCUGAAGUCUCGGGACCGAACCCAGCAGAAGAUCUACAGCCAGCUGACCCGGACCCAGAUGUUCACCCAGUUCAUCGAGGAGUGCUCCUUCGUCAGCGACCGGCACGCCUGCCUCGAGUUCUUCGACGAGUGCGUCCAGAAGGUGGACGUGGAGAAGCCGGAGGACGUCAGGCUGAUCGACCUGGACGAGACUCACAGCGGCGAGCACACCGUCUUCAUCAUGCCGCCCGAAGAGCCGCAGGAGGCCGACGGCUCCGAGUGUCCCGCGCUCUACAGUUAUGAAACCUUCCCCACCCUGAGGCCGGAGCUCUUUGACCGGCCCCAGGACCAGCUCCGGGUCCCGGCGAAGGGCAGCGCCCCCAGCAGCCCCGCCCCCCGCCGCACCAAACAGGAGAUCAAGUUGGCCCAGAAGCGAGCCCAGAAGUACUCAGGGGUGCCGGACAUGUGGUCCAAGUGCCUGCUGGGUCACUGCUACGGGCUCUGGUUCAUCUACCUGCCCACCUUCGUCCGGGCCGAGACCGCCAAGGUGCGCGCGCUGCACGCGGCCUACGAUGUCCUCAAACACAUGGAGAACCGCAAGGUGGUGCUGCCGGACGAGGUGUGUUACAGGAUCCUGAUGCAGCUGUGCGGUCAGUACGGUCAGCCGGUCCUCGCCGUUCGGGUCCUGCUGGAGAUGAAGAAGGCGGGAAUCACCCCCAACACCAUCACCUAUGGAUACUACAACAAGGCGGUGCUGGAGAGCAAGUGGCCGUCCACCAAUCAGGGAGGACGUCUCCGCUGGGCCAAGCUGAGGAACGUCCUAUUGGCCGUGGCUCUGUUCAGACAGCCAAUCAAACACCGUCAGAAGAGCGGAUCAGUGGGCUCCCGUGGAGAAGCGCUGUUGGACCCCGAUCAGAAGCCCCGCCCACACUCAACUCUGAUUCGCCAGUCCAGUUGGAGCGGCCUCUCGGAGAGCUCCAGUCACGAGUCUCUGACGGGCUCGAUGGCGAAGAGCAGCAGUCUGAACAGCAUGAAGACGCCGACAGACAAGGUGAAGCUCUGCAGGAAGACCAUCCUCCGUAACACAGGGACCAACGGCUGCGGAGACACCGUCUCCAGUAAGCCUCCGAUGGGACGCAGAGACACCCCCACCCUGCCUCCGGCGGCCCCUGGGGGGGUCCUGGUCCGGCGGAGCGAGGUCUGCCUCUCCACCUUCUACAAAGAGUGUGCCGAGUCGGCCGAGUCGGAGCCGGACUGCAGCUGCCAGGCGCCAGAGACAGACCGCAGGUCGGGUACCAGCAGGAGCGGACCGACCUCUGACGUGGCGCUGACCAGCCUCUCCUUGGCUUUCAGCAGCGUUUCGGCCACCUGGGCUUUCCGAGACUGCCUCUGCUCCGAGACCCUUCGGCCGAUGCCCCCCCCUCCUCCGCCCGGGCGCCGGGCGUCCACGCUGGCGGCUCGCCGACUAGACCCCCGGUGUCUGGUGGGGGUCAGCAGCUGCUGCAGCUUCCCUGCCAGUCCUCCGCGGCUCGGGGACGAGACGUUGUUUGCGGAGCGCACCAACUGGAACGUGGAGGAUGAGGUGGAGAGCGCCGUGCGGCCCCCCGGUGGCCAGGAGGCCUCCCUGCGACACCAGUGUAACGGUCUGAGUGAAGACUCGAGCUCCGAGACCAGCAGCUACUCGGAGAACAGCAGGACCACCACGGCCCUGGAGUCACCGAAGGAGGGUUCUCUAUCCACAGCCGCCACGGAGACACCCCGCGUCACCUCCGUCACCUCCGUCACCCCUCGGACGAAGGCGGUGGAGUGCGCGUGGCAGAGGGAGUCGAGUACGGAGGUCUCCGGUCCGACACUUAUCCAGACUAAGGGGUUGGUUGGAACGCCACGGCCGCGCCCCCCCCCCACCGUCCCGUAUGCGGCCCAGAGGCGUCGACGCGGACGGGGGGGACGCCGGGAAACCAGACGGCCGCCGCGCUGCCUUCCUUUACAUAAAUAA